AUGUCACAGCUGGAGAAAAAUGGGACGAGAUGCGACGUGGCAGAGUGGAGGGCAGAAAGCCUAACGGGGGGGAUCGCCCACUGCAUAGCAGCAGAAAAGCCGGUUGGAUUCCUCCGGCAGCAAACGUCCUCCAGCAGCAAGCUGGAAGAAACCAUUGCAAGGAGGCAGGAGAAGAAGAAAACCCUGCCCCCUCCGCCGGGCAGCGAUGCAUGCAGAUUUUGUCUACUGCAGCAAGCUGCAGCCUGCCCUUUCCAGCUCCGAACAGCCUCCCUCCUCUCAAGCUCCGUGCAGCUGCCUCUCGGAAGUCAUCUCUCCCUCAGAAGCCAGGUCUCCUUCAAGCGCCCUGAUGGCUGUCCCAACCCGGCGUCUCCCUGGAACCACCAGCAGAUCCGCACGAAAGCGCGUGGCAACGAAUACCAACCGAACAACCGCAAGCGUAAACGGACCCACGGCUGGAUCAAGCGCAUCAGCACGCCGGGCGGCAUCGAGGUUAUCCUCCGGCGUAUGCUGAAGGGCAGGAAGUCUCUGACCCACUGA